CUCGUUCAUUCAAUCACCAACUACCUAAUAAUUAAGCAGACGCAUGCAAAAAGCGGAAACCGGUCUCCUUCGUGUCAAAGCUCCAAGAUGAAUUCUACAGAGAAAGUCACUCCAAGAAAAAGAGCAUCCAAGAGUAGCACACCGAAGAAGAAGAAUAGCACACCGAAAAAGAAUAGCACGCCAAAGAGGAAGAGCACGCCGAAUAAAACACCUAACAAAACUAAAUCAGCUGUUUCUUCACCAGUGUCUGCUCAGAAGAUUGAUCUGAGGUUGGAGGCAAAGCUGUCUGCGGAGAUUGAUGCGAAGGUGUACGCUGGGCGGAGAAUACAUCCCUUUUUUUCCUUGUGGAAGGAGGAAAAUGAACAACGCCGACAAGCAUUAUUGGCUAGGAGGAAAGCAAAAAGAAUUAGUGAGUCCAUCCAUGUAUUUGAAGAUGUUAAGGAUAAUGCCUCACCCAUUGACUGGAGUGACUGGACAUUUUUGGAUAAUACCACAGUUGCAUAUUUGGAUAGUCAGAAUUCAAAUUUAUCUUUUAUGGAGGAUUCGGUUGAAUCCUUAAAUUUUGAUAACAUACAUAGUGCGUCUGAAGAGGAUGUCAUGGAUUGUCCAAGUCAACUUUCUAUACAGUCAGAUAAUAAGCUGGACAUAUCACUACCAAAUUCAGAAGUUAAAUGUCUUUUGAAGACCGAAGAUGUCGAUGUGGACCUGAACUUGGAGGUCAAUGAAAAUACAGGAUACAAGGAUAUUUUCACAGAGCAGGAACCACAAGCAAGAAUAAGGUCUUACCAUAAUUGUGAAGGUAACAACAGCUUAUGGAUAGACAAGUACAAGCCAAAGAAAGCUUUUGAGGUGUGUGGUAAUGAAGAGGCUAUGAAUUCCUUGCGUGACUGGUUACAUCUUUGGCAUAAAAGACUUUCUCAGUGCAAAAAAAGUUCUUGUAGCAAGGGUCGAAGUGAUAGAGAAGAUGCUUCAGAAGAUAUCGAUCAGGGUCCUCUGCAGAGUGUUCUCUUGAUUACAGGACCAAUUGGGAGUGGCAAGUCUGCAGCUGUGUAUGCCUGUGCCCAAGAACAAGGGUUUAAAGUUGUAGAGAUCAAUGCAUCAAGUUGUCGAAACGGAGCUGCUAUCACUGUUAUCAAGAAUAAAAUAGAAGAACCUGGUGCCGGCAAAAUCACAAGUUGUUUCAAACCUGUGAAGUUGCUUCCUGUUGAUGAAGUCCACCAAACUUUAAUUCUAGUUGAGGAUGUGGACAUCAUUUUCCCUCAAGAUCGUGGUUGUAUUACUGCCAUACAACAACAAUUUUCGGCCACAAAAAAAUGGCCUAUUAUAUUUACCAGCAAUAGAAAUAAUGGUGGCUUACCAAAAAGUUUUGCAAGACUAGAUGUCUCUUUCUCAUUUCCGUUGCCAGAUGAGUUAUUUUGCCAUAUAUACAAGGUUUGCAUGACAGAAGAAGUCAAUAUUAAUCCUCUCCUAUUGAAAAAAAUUAUCCAGUCUUGUGAUGGAGAUAUUCGGAAUACUAUUAUGCAACUUCAGUUCUGGUUCCAGAGUAAAACGUAUACUGAAGGUGUAUUACAAAGCCCUUUUGUUGCAUGUCUCCAUGCUUUUAGCUGCUCAAAUUUGAACUUAAAUGUGUGCAUUGAUUGCUCUCAUAUUAAGGCAUAUUCGUGUUAGCAUUAGCUUUUAGAACAUGAAUCUUAUUAUAUUUAUUGAUUAUUUUAUGGAAGAUA